CGGACGGUUUCUCUCAGGCUUCUCAAUUCCUCUCUCGAGCCCAUAUUGCACGGACGGUCUCGAUCGCGAGCACGUUGCGGCCGCUGGAAAUGCGCGGGUCACCUGUUCGACGUAAUUCCUGAGCGAGAAAUAAGCAUCCAAGAACCCGGCGGGUCGGCGAAAAAAGAGAGCAAUUCAGGAUCUGCAACACGAUCGCGGGGCUAGCAAUCGAUAUGUGGAAGCGGGUCUCUACGCUUUCUCCAUUUCUCUUUUCCUCCAAAUCGACCUCGCUCGCCCGGGCAGGUCAUGGAUGGAACGCAUGCGGAUCACCUGCUAUGGACUUGCCAUUUUCGGUAAACUAUGCAAGCUCCCUCAGAGAUAAAACCCCUUUCAUCACUUUCGUCUUGGGUGGCCCCGGUAGUGGCAAAGGUACUCAAUGUGAAAAGAUUGCCGAGACAUUUGGGUUCACCCACCUCAGUGCUGGAGAUUUGUUAAGGAAGGAAAUGAAUUCCAACAGUGAAGAACGAACUACCAUCCUCAACAUAAUCCAAGAUGGCAAGAUUGUCCCUUCAGCUGUGACUGUCAAACUGAUUAUGAAAGCCAUGGAAUCUAGUGAUAGCGAUAAGUUCUUGAUUGAUGGGUUCCCACGUACUGAGGAGAACAGAAUUGCAUUUGAACAAAUUAUUGGGCUAGAACCAAAAGCCGUGCUGUUUUUCGAUUGUCCAGAAGAAGAGAUGGUGCAAAGAGUGUUAAACCGUAACCAGGGGCGAGUUGAUGACAACAUAGAUACAGUCAAGAAGCGUCUUAAAGUGUUCGAAACAUUGAGUCUUCCUGUUAUUGACUACUACUCCAAGAAAGGGAAACUGCACAAGAUAAACGCCGUGGGAGAUGCAGAUGAGAUUUUUGAACAAGUUCGUGCUGUUUUUGACGCGCCAGAGGUGACUAUUUGAUUGUUUACCCUUAUUGUUGACUGGUUCAUCUUUUGGGGGGCUGGUGAAUGAUGAUAUCUACCGAAGGCAAGUGGAUAAACCCAAACCACACAAUCUAGUGGGCAAUCCCAAGGAUUGGCGAGGGACAAAAUUUGAAGGCUGGCUUGGCUGAUGGUAUCCUACAUAUUUCUAGACUAUGUACAGAAACAAGAGCCAGUGCCCUUUCUUUACAACUCUCUCGCUUGCCUUUUCGUCCCCCGUGUGUAUAACAACGUCGCACGAGGUGCUAACACUUGAACCAAAUGGUUCCACAAUAGAACCCCAAAUUGUUC